CUUGAUUUCAAGCCAUCUGCAUGUUUGAUGCACCCUCUCUGCUAUGGAAUCCUGGCCUACGCUGGGCUGGCUCCUCUUCCUUAGCUUAAUUGCUGACUGCCUGAAGGGAACACGAGCGCGAGACUUUACAGUGAAAGAUAUUGUGUACCUUCAUCCUUCAACAACUCCGUAUCCUGGUGGAUUCAAAUGUUUUACCUGUGAACAAGCAGUUGAUAACUACGAAUGCAACCAGUGGGCUCCAGAUGUGUACUGUCCAAGAGCAACAAGAUAUUGCUAUUCUCAACAUACCCUGGAAGCCAAUGGAAAGAGUGUAUCAGUCACCAAGAGAUGCGUGCCACUGGAAGAUUGUUUGACUACGGGAUGCAUCGCUCUCCAGCAUAAAGGACUCAAGGUAUGCACUUCUUGUUGUGAAGGAAACAUCUGCAACUUGACAUUACCUAGGAAUUCAAGCGAUGCCAUAUUUUCAACAACAACACCUAUAAAUCAUACGCAGAGACAUUGGCAAGAUGCAUCUGUAAUAAUGUUAGGUCUCCUGUCUCUCUUUGCUACGUAGUCCUUUUUGGAUAAAUUACCAACUAAACAUCAAGGAAAUCCAAUGGGAUGAAAAUAUUUAUGCACACAAAUAUGACCUUAAUUUAAUAUAUGUUUUUCAAUGCUUUCUUCUUCUUUUAGUGACAUUUUAAAAUGAUCCUUUGAAUUCCUUUUAGCCUUGGCUGACUCAAAAGCCAUACUUUCUGGAUCUGUGUCUUUAAAAAAAGGAGGGACUUUUGUUAUGUUGAAUGUUCUGAAGGAAAAUUUUUGUAUAGCCAUUAAAAAUGGAUGUUUUUUUUAAAAACUAUUCUUUAGUCUAGUGAAAGGAGUAUU